AUGGGCCUCCCCCCCGCAGCCGUAAUCGUCAUCGCCCUCGUCUCCUCCGGCGCAGCAGUCCUCAUCGCCUUUGCCCUCUCCUCCUCAUACAUGAAAGCCCGCCGCGCCGAAGACGAUCAAAACCGGCUGGAAAUGCAAUCUGAUCAACGCGGGUAUAUGAAUGAUGUUCGUGAUCGGAAUAAACAGAUUAUGAUGAUGGAGAAUGGGUAUGGGGUUUAUCGUGGUGGUGGUGGGCAAAAUACUCAUUCUUCGUAUUUGAAUUCGAAUGCUGCGAUGAGGUAUGAGGGGCAGAGGGAGGCCGGAGUGGUGAGGCCGGAGAUGCAGGCGAGGACGGAGACGGAGGGGAGUAGUGAUGUUUUGGGGUGA